UUACGCUUUCGUUGAAUUUGAAGAUGAACGAGAUGCUGAAGACGCCUACUACGAGAUGCACGGUCGUAGGGUCUAUGGUCAUGCUCUAAAUAUUCAGGUCGUUGCCUAUAUUGGGCUAAGAACGCGCCUUCUAGAUCUUGGAGGUAUGAAGGUAGUAGUAGAAGUUCUCCUCGCCGAAGCAGGAGAUCUCUUACGCCACCACGCCCUCAUAGAAGACGUCGUUCUUAUUCUCGUUCUGCCAGUCGCUCUUACUCUCGCGGUCGCAGUCGUUCACCUCGUUCAGAUACACGUCGUGGAAGUCGCUCCCGCAGUAGAAGUGUUGAUAAAGAUAGAACUAAUGGUGAUGAGCGUACCACCGGACGAAACAAUGGACAUAACUGAAAGAUCUCCGAGAGAAAGAUCUUCUUCUCAGAAUGGUCGCCCAGCUUCUCGUUCUCCGUCGAUGGCAUCCGCGCGUCGUUCUCAGUCUCGAAGCCCCCGCGGAAUUGAGUAA